AUGCAACAUAACGUCAACAUAACAUAACAAAGUUGAAUGUUCUUGAACUUUCGCGAAUUGGAAAUAGCUUGGCUUCAAAGAAUAGGUAACAUAUAGGCCUUUGAUGAAUCUAAUCUAAUUCCAUCUUCAUUCAUCUAAUUUUGGUAGGUUUAGCCUAACAAUGUCUGUUUCCAGAUAGAAAUUGUGAUUUCAGCAUUUGGAUAAUUUCCACAAAAUAGGCUGUUUUAAAACAUAGGCAGGGUACAGUGUCAUGAACAAACAACGAGUCGCGGAAUUUUCUAAAUGUAGUCCUACUAAUAUGGCGAAAUACACCACUACCGAAACUGGUAGACCUACAGUACUGUAUGUUUGAUCUAGGCUAUGAGCAUUUACAAACCAACAAUCCUACAAAAAAUAACUGCACUAUAAUCUACUGCAAGUGUCAAAACAGCAGUUUGGAGAAAUUAUUUGCAGUAUGCAGGACAUGCAAUAUUUUGGACAUUAAAAUAUUAUUGUAGGCUACUGCAGUAUAUUUUGAAUAGUUAAACUGCAGUUAUUUUUUGUAAGGAGUAGCCUAGGCCUACUUUUCCAUACAAAGUAGCCUACAUGGACAAGGAGUGGGGGCAUGAAAUAUAGCCUAGUCCAAAAGUAAGCUCGCUCUAACGCCUAAGUUGCAUCAAAAUUGAGACAUUUUGUCAAUCUGUGAUAUCAAGUCAUCAUUUGCUUUUGCAUCCAGAAUAAAUGUUAAGGUGACGAAAAUACCAUGCCAUAGAGCAGCGAGCAGCAGAGUUGUCCUACUCGUUAUUGGCCAAUCCUGGCCUCCCACAAUGCAUCUGUUUCUGAUAUCUGUUUCAGACCACGGAUCUCUUCUUUAAAAUUCACAAUGUCAGCGAACACAUUGUGCGUAAUGUUGAGAAUUAUACAUGGUAGCAUGUGUGUGUACUAAGACCUUAGUAUUAUAUAGAUAUAGAACCACCCUUAUGCUGACGCUUAUGUAUUGUUAUAAAGAUUUCCUCAGCUCAAGCGAUCAUACGAUCCUUCUAGGUCAUACACGUGAUGAUUGGUCGAUCCACGAUGUUUUCGUGAAAUGUGCAGCCUUCUUGUUACGCUUGGCACACGACCCUUCUGAUUUACAAUGUGAAAGGUAAAUGACUUGUGAGGUAUAAUUUGCUUCCGUUUCUACAAAACGUUUAAUAGCACUCCACCAUCAGUGGGCAAUCCUUUCCCUGUUUUUGUCUGUCACUGAUAUUACGCGAAUGAAGAUAGCCUAUCAAUACAUCGGACAGAAAAUAAUGUGGCAUGAAUAAAUAACCAACAUUUUCCGCUUUCGUUUUCAGGCAUCCACCUUAGCCGCAUCUUUCUUAGUGCACGGUCGGAUCUUCUUGUCGGCUUAAUUUAAAAACGUAAAAAAUGUAGCCACCAGGUUCAGAGAAAGCGGAGAUAAAAAGUCACCUGGCAUUUUGCCUUUCACUUUGCUUUUCACUGACUUUUGCUUUCUGCCCGCAACGCAUAAUGCUCGUGUUUGUGGUGGGUGCCUGCUGACCUCCCAACUUCCUAAAUAGCCUUAUUUCAUCUGUUGCUCACAUUUCCCUCAGCAUGACAGACCACCGUUGCCUGAAUAUGAAGACUAAAGAUAUGCAUCUUUAUUCUUUCAUUCUUUAAGUCUGUCACACCCCCCUCUUAAGUGCACAAGGAGAGCCCUCUCUAUAGUUACAAUACAGUAAAGGAGUGGAUGGGAGGGGGAGUCUGCUACUCUAUCCUUGCUUUCCUGUGAUCAUGUGUAUGCUUUCAUAUUUGCAUGAGGAAGUGGAAGUAGCAUCAUUCAUCUGGGUUUGUAUUAGGCCUUGAAAGGUGCAAUUGAGAAACAGAUAGAGGGAGUAGCAUUGAAAAGACGAACAUGUCAAGGUCUGGAUUAAGGGGGUUUAGCACAUAUUUGUCAACCAGAGAAAAUGGCCUCCUCGUCAGCUUAAUUGGAGCAGACUGCAGUGUACUGGCAUCUGCAGUAGUCCAGCUUGUAUUGGUCAGCCCUGCUCAUAAAGGUCAAAGGUUAGCAUGGAAGGUCCAUGCCUGCGGGGUUGCAUGUUUAGAGCAGGAUCGAAAUGUGCACUCUGCAUUCAUACGCCUUUACUGUGUCAAGAAAGCUAAAUUGCUAUGGGAACAGGAGGUCUACACCCCUUUUAAGUACUCAGCACCACAUCCGUAUUUCCACAGUUUCCCGGGAGACGACUGCAAUGCUGGAUUGAACUUUGCAGAUGAGGAGGAGGCUGAAAAGUUCCUGUCUGCUGUACAAACAUAUGUCGACAGCUUUAUAACUCGGCCUCAGGUGCAGAUAAGGACCCAGAGUCUGGACUCCACAUCUGGACGACUUCUGUGGGAGAACAGGAACAAAAGUCAGCUGAAUUCACCAACAGACCACAUGCCAGCACCUGCUUCACCACAGAGGAGAAUCGUGUUCACUCUCCCUCCAGAUGUCACAACAAGAACACAUUCUGUGGAACAUGUUCUGUCUAAACCCUCCACACACCCUCCACACACCCUUUCCAAACCCAGGAGAGAGUCUUUGCCCUUGGCAAUAAGGAAAGGCCCGCUACCCUCUGUGCCAGUCCGUGCCAAAGAAGCCUCUGUGGGCAUUAGGAACAAAAGAAGUGAAAAUGCUCAGAGCUCAGCCCCGGGGAGCUCUCUGCCCUUGCCACAAUGGGUGCCACCCCCACCCUCUCACCAGGCACCUAGGGCCCCAUGUUAUAGCCUGCUGCUCAGCAAGGACACCGGUCACAGGGCCCUCACUGGAAGGGAUGCUUUCUCCAUGGUGAAGCAUUUUGACAAGGAAUGAUCUGCAGUAAGUAAGGAGCUGAAACUCAAGUGAGUGAAGUGAGUGAGGAUCACUCACCCUCUCAGUCACAUAAAAGUAGAUACACGUUGACUGUUAUGUAACAAUUAAAUCAGCAGUAAGGCUGUGCAUCUAUGCUGAGGAUAAGAAAGAGGAUUGACCUGAUACAUUCUUUUUUUAUAUUGUACACAAAUAAAAUUACAUAUUUGUUCAUCUUUUUUCUCUCAAACCCUACAA